UGCGUCUCCCGCCCCGCGCUCGGCAUGGCUCUCUGGCCUCCGCUGCUGCCCGUGGUGCUCCUGUCGGGCUCCUGGCUCGAGCUAGGGGAUGCACAGGCAACUAGCAUGGUCCAGCUGCAGGGUGGAAGAUUCCUGAUGGGAACAAAUGCUCCAGAUGGCAGAGAUGGCGAAGGGCCUGUCCGGGAGGUGACAGUAAAACCCUUUGCCAUCGACAUAUUUCCUGUCACCAACAAAGAUUUCAGGGAGUUUGUCAGGGAGAAGAAGUACCGGACAGAGGCUGAGGCGUUUGGGUGGAGCUUUGUCUUUGAGGACUUUGUCUCCAAGGAGCUCAGAAACAAAGUGACAAAGCAGAUGCAGUCUCUCCUCUGGUGGCUUCCUGUGGAAAAGGCGUUUUGGAGGCAGCCUGCAGGUCCCGGCUCUGGCAUCAGCGAUAGACUGGAGCUCCCAGUGCUACACGUGAGCUGGAAUGAUGCUCGUGCCUACUGUGCUUGGCGAGGGAAACGGCUGCCCACUGAGGAAGAGUGGGAGUUUGCUGCCCGAGGGGGCUUGAAGGGUCAGGUUUACCCCUGGGGGAACCGAUUCCAGCCAAACCGCACCAAUCUGUGGCAGGGACAGUUCCCCAAGGGCGACACAGCUGAGGACGGCUUCCACGGAGUCUCCCCCGUGAAUGCUUUCCCCCCGCAGAACAACUACGGGCUGUAUGACCUCAUGGGCAAUGUGUGGGAGUGGACAGCAUCUACAUACCCGGCCGCUGACCAGGACAUGCGCGUGCUCCGGGGGGCAUCGUGGAUCGACACGGCUGAUGGCUCCGCUAAUCACCGGGCCCGGGUCACCACCAGGAAACCACUGUAGGAGGAAGAUGCAGUUUCAUCGGCCUCCUCUGUGGCGUUCUCCUGCCCCUGAGAAGGACCGCUAUUUUUCUCGACGUGUAAAAUGCACCACGGUGGCUCUUGACAGGGCAGCGUCAGUUCACGGGGGACCUGGGAGACCCAAAGGACCAGGAGAAGCAGCGCACCGUGGGAGUCACAAAGUAAAUAACGCUCCAGAGGAAGUAUUAGCAGAAGCUUCCUCUUCUAUUGCUAAUGUACCUAAGGGCUUCCCUAGGCCUCCCGGACCAAGUCCCCGGGUGCCGGUGGACAUUGUGCGACUGCGCGUCUCUGAACUGUCUCCGUGUUUGAGCCUCGCCCUGGGAGUCUGAGGGAAGGGGUGUUAGAGACUUUGCGCCUCCCACG